AUCACUGAACUUAACAGCGAUUAAUCGACCACCCUAAUAUACUUAAAUAAAACUCUUUAAUUCUCAAGCAGCUUUUUUUUUUUUUUCAUUUUGCCUGUCUGGAAAUUCCAUUUAUUAUCGAUGGAAAUAUUUUUUCAUUGGUUUGUAUGUCUGUUGGAAUGUCAAAUAAAAAAUGUAGCCCUUCCAAGCCUGCUUAUAUUGAUAGACUGAAAAAACUCAAUCUAUUUAGUUUAACAAAGAUGGUUAUGGGGUGACGUGAUCACAGUCUAUAAGUACUUACAUGAAGAAAAAAUAUUUAAUAAUGGGCUCUUCAGUCUUGCAGAGAAAGGUAUAAUGUGAUCCAAUGACCGGAAGUUGAACGUAGACAAAUUUGAAAUCAGGUGUACAUUUAACAGUGAAUGUAGUUAACCAUUGGAACAGUUUACUCAGGGUCAUGGUGGAUUCUCCAUUAUUGACAAUUUUUAAAUCGAGAUUGGAUGUUUUUUUCUAAAAGAUAUGCUCUAGGAAUUAUUUUGGGAAGUUUCUAUGGCCUGUGUUAUACUAGAAGUGAGACUAGAUCAGUGUUUUUCAAACUUUGGGUCGGGUCACAGCAUGUCAGGCACUGUGUCGCUCUGGUCAGCACCGCAAACCGGGACGUUAAAAGACCCGUUGGUGGUGCUGCCAAGCUAUGGCAGGCUAGUGCUUACCUGUUUCGACACUGUGCUGCGCACCGGAAGCAGGGCAGCAGUGGGUCCGGCUUCUAGGCAAGGAGGUCACGGGGCUCCGCGUGCUGCCCCUGCUUCGAGUACUGGCUCCGCACUCCCAUUGGCCAGGAACCAAUGGAAACUCUCAACCAGCCAAUGGGAACUGGGGGUGAGGAGGGAUGCGGUACCUGCAGGCGAGAGUCAUGCAAAGCCGCUUGUGUGCCUCCGCCUAGGAGCCAAACCUGCUGCUGGCUGCUUCCGGGGCGCAGCAUGGUCUGCAGUGCCAGGACAGGCAGGAAACCUGCCUCUGCACCCCGGCUGCACUGCUGACCAGGAGCCACCCGAGGUAAGUCUGUGCCCCAACCCUGUGCUCCAAUCCCCUGCCUCAGCCCUGAUCUCCCCCCCCCCAACCUGGAACCCCUUUCUGCACCCCAAAUUCCUAUUCCCCAGCCCCAUCUCAGAGCCUGCAACCCCAGUCCAGAGCCUUGACUCCUCCUGCACCCCAACCCUGAGCCCCCCCUUCCCCAACCUGGAACCCCCUCCUGCAUCCCAAACCCCUCAUCUGCAGCUCUGUUGAAUCCUGGGCAUCAACAAUGUUCUUCAACUGGGUCCUCAGAAAAAAAGUUUGAAAAACCCUGGAUUAGAUGACCAAAGUGGUCCCCUCUAGCCGUGGAAUCUAUGAACUGACAUAGUGAGUUGGACUUGCUUACAUAGAUCACUUCAGUCCUUUCUAUUAUCCCUGGAUCAGCACUCUGGAGGAUACAGAUGUUCUAAUUUCAGUUACUCUUUUGAUAUCUGUGUAUUGCCCCAGGGGACUGAUGCAAUUAGAUUUUUCUCAGGUGAAAUAUAUUGGAGCCAGAUAAACUGAAAAGAAGAUGUAGGCUGAGUGGAAGAAGGACAGGGAGGGCACAACACUAGCAAAUCUCUUUAGUACAAUGGAGAGGUUGGCUCUAGGCAUCCAAAAGGAGCAUAAUUUGUGUUAAAAGCCAUAAAGCUUGUAGUUCUGUCAUUAAAGGUGGAAGUAAAGGAGCAUCACCUGUUUGUGAUGUCUGUCACUCAUCAGGCAAGACCGAGAUCAUCUCGCUCCACAAGAAAAACAUUCACUAUGCUUCAUAUUGCAGAGUGCCAUCUGCUGUCAUUUAAAGCACUGUAUAUAAAAUGCAGCUGAUUGGUUAAGCAGGGAAAUAAAUCUAAACGUAUGAUGUCUAAACAAAUAGGUAUUUGGAAAUACAAUUCAACAACUAAGGAGUCUCAUGUCUGCUCUAUUUGCACUAAGCCAUAACUUCAAAGUACCCAAGUUUUACUCCAGACAGAUGAAUCGAGGGGAAAACAGUAGCUGACCAUCUGUCCUUCAGAUGAGGGUCCCUUCAGGGCCUGCUUUAUGCAUUUCCUUUCUGCCCAUAUCUAAUCAUAAGGAAGUCUUGAGGGUUUGAUUGAAAUUACACCCUGCUGGUCAAGCUUUUUGAAAAGAUCUGGUAAUCCUGUUGGUUAGGAAACUUGCACAUCUUCCAUCUUAAAAAGACUUCUGUUCUCGGGUUUCAAUGACUCUGCAACAACUCUGUCCGAUUACCUGGCUAUUGAAAAAGACAAGGAUGAAGAGGAAGGGAUAUUCUGAGAAGGUUUGUAAGCGAAUGGACUUGGUCUGCCAGCGAAUGUUAAAUCAGGGAUUUCUGAAAGUGGAAAGAUAUCACAACUUGUGUCAGAAACAGGUUAAAGCACAACUUCCAAGGCGAGAGUCAGAAAGAAGAAACCAUUCAUUAGCUCGCCAUGCAGACAUCCUUGCUGCUGUAGAAACAAGGCUUUCUCUGUUAAAUAUGACUUUCAUGAAAUAUGUGGAUUCCAAUCUCUGUUGCUUCAUACCUGGAAAGGUGAUUGAUGAAAUUUAUCGUGUGCUAAGGUACGUAAACUCGACAAGAGCCCCUCAGAGAGCCCAUGAAGUCCUUCAGGAAUUAAGAGACAUCUCAUCCAUGGCUAUGGAAUACUUUGAUGAGAAGAUUGUUCCAAUUCUAAAAAGAAAGUUGCCUGGAUCAGAUGUAUCAGGUCGUCUUAUAGGAGCUGCCCCAGUUCCAGGUCCUUCUGCAGCCCUAACAACAAUGCAACUAUUCUCCAAGCAAAACCCUUCAAGGCAGGAAGUCACCAAACUCCAGCAGCAAGUCAAAACGAAUGGUGCAGGUGUGACUGUUCUAAGGCGGGAAAUUUCAGAGCUUCGCACCAAAGUGCAAGAACAGCAGAAACAGCUCCAAGACCAAGACCAGAAACUGCUAGAGCAAACCCAAAUCAUAGGUGAACAGAAUGCCCGAUUGGCUGAGCUUGAACGCAAACUGAGAGAAGUAAUGGAAAGUGCAGUAGGAAGUUCUUCAGGUUCUGGUUCAAAUGAGGAGUCCCUUAGGAAACGGAGAAAGGCAGUUGAAUCCAUAGACUCUCCUAGGAAAUCCAAACGCCUUCGAAACAGAAAAUAACUUUGGAGUAAAUGACCCCUCCAGAAGAUUACACUGCUUUAGUAGCCCAAGCAGAUUUGCUUGUCUGGAUACUGUGAUUAGCAGCAUGGUGUCAUUUAGGCUGCUGGCUCUUCAAAACACCACAUAGACUUGAACAGUAACUUUCUCUCAUAGUUGAGACUUUUUUCCCUCUGCUUCUGUCUGGGUGGGCCUAAUGCACAGGAUCUUUAUAAUUUGCAAUAGAUUUGUACUAACCAGACCUGCUCUAUCAUGUUUUGAAGAGUUAACCUUUUUUCUGUGCAGAUGAUAUGUGUUAAAGUAAACUUAUUUGUGUUAUGCAUAUAUUCACAUAAGAGAUCUUAAAUAAAUCCAGUCUUGACUGAUUAGAAAGUUAAGCGUACAAACAGAUGUCCUGUUCACUUGAAGAAAAGACCUACUUUUUAAAUCUUGUUUAAAAAAGUUGACUUUUUUGUUACAAGUGACCUUGUCUGGAAUGUCUGAAAAGUAGUUAAUACUUUUUGGAAUCUAUGUAACGAGUAAAAGUGACUUCUUAUGCUACAGUAUUGGCUAUAUAUUUUUGUAAACUUAUGAGCAAGGGACUUCUAUCCAAUUUUCACAUACACACCCUAGUUCUAAGUCUCUGGAGCCAUAUUCUACAGUUGCAUGAAUAGCUGCAUGCAUUGCUUAGUCAGCUCGCUAAAAGCACUUGCCUGGAGUUGCUCUUAAACCUCUACUUUCCCAGAGUUGUAGAGCAAUUUCUUAGUCCUCAGCCAUACCUUAGCAUCUGCUUUCAGCACAGCUGCUUUCUGACAGUGAGGAGGUCUUGAGUCCACUUGUCAACCACUUGCAGGAAAGGAAAGUGUAUUUAAGCAAGCCUACUUGCUGCUUCCACUACCUGUAGAUUGCAGAUACUCAAGCUAAGCCAAAGCUUGAGAAUUCAGCUGUUUUUGCCUAUGGGUCCUCUGGUUCAUAGGCCAAAAUGAAACAACUAUUGGACAAAAGUUAUCUGUUCCUUUAACAAAACAAGCUUAGUGGGACACAGUUUGAGUGAAACAUUGUAUUAUGAAAAAAAAUUAAACUAUUUCAUGUUGUGGAAAAGAGCUCUCUGUAAUACUUAACUAUAUUCUAGUUUUCCUUAUCCUAAAAGGUAAAUCACUUCAGACAAAAAAGCUUUAAUUUCUUUUGCACUUCUGUUUUGAGCUUGUAACUGGAAAAGCAUGUCUUGCACUGUUCAGUCUUUUGAUUGGUCACUUUAACAACCUCAGAGUUGUUGUGUACAGUGAUUAUUUUUUCCAGUUGUAUAUUUUUGGAACCUUAUACAAAUAUCACUGUCCUUGUUUUAUUUUAAUGUACUAAACUAUGUAGCUUUA